GAUGCUUACACAGGAAAAUUGAUAAAAUUUAAAAAAUUGUCAUUUCUACCAACAAAAACAAGUGUGUGUUAUUCGAAGAAACCAGAAAGAAAAACAAAGUUGAUAAUGAAUCAAUUAUAUCCUCAAUUAUUGCUGUUUGUCAUAUUAAUGUUCCAAAUUGGUGAUUGUUUUGUCAUCAAUAAUAAUCGAGGUAAAUCCUUUGAUCAAGAAUCCAUGAAACGAAAUGAUACAAUCAAUAAUAAUCGUCAUAAUGAUGAUUUGGAUCUAAUUAAAGAUUUCGAUAAUGAAUUUACUUUGGAUUCGAAUGAUGGCCAUAAUAAAUUUACCAAUGCCAAUGAUUUAAUCGUAUUGAUUGCUAAACCAUUUCAAUUAUCAUCAUCAUCAUCGAUGGAUAAAAAAUCCAAAAUAAUGAUGCCAAUAAUUAUCGAAGCUACACGUGAUUUAAAUAAUAAAAAUCAAAUUAAAUGGAAUGUUGUUAAUAAUAAUUAUCCGAGAUAUUAUUAUAAUCAUCAAAGUAAUCAAAAUAAUAAUAAUAAUCAACGUCAAUCAUCCUCAUCAUCGUUGAAUAAUAAUCAAAAUCAUAAUAAUGAAUUAAUACCACCAUUAUCAACAAGACGUGGUCGAUUUUGGUCACCACAACAAGCCAAAUUGGCUAAAUUUAAAUUUCUUAAUUUUCGUAAACGCUUUUUUCCCAUAUAGAUUGAUUUUUGUUGUUGUUGAUGUUUUUGUUUGUCCAAUGCGUACUUUAUUUAUUUAUAAAUCUUGAAUUAAAUUAUAGAUUCUUCUUAUUUCAUUUGUAUAAUUUAUCUACGAACGGUUCAUUCGAACAAAAUAAAGACAAACAAGUCACAUCCAUUA